AUGACUGACGUUGAAAGUGCUCUUGCUGAGAAAGAUCUCGGAAAUGAAGCCUACAAGAAAAAGGAAUUUGAUGUGGCUCAUGAACAUUAUGACAAGGCGAUCAAGUUGAACCCUUCAAACAUUGUCUUUUACAACAACAAAGCAGCCGUUUUCUUUGAAGAAGAACGCUUUGAUGAGUGUAUCGAAAUGUGCAAGCAAGCUGUGGAAGUGGGACGUGAUAAUCGAGCUGAUUAUCAAAUGAUAGCAAGAGCUAUGGCAAGGAUCGGUAAUGCUUAUCUCAAGAAAGAAAAUCAAAAGGAAGCUCUUCAUUGGUUCCAGAAAUCGCUCUCCGAACAUCGGGAUCAAGAAUUAGUGAAGAAGACAAAAGCACUCGAAAAUGAGAUCAAAGAGGCCGAAAAGCGAUCGUACAUCAAUCCAAAGAUAGCUGAAGAAGAAAAGCAAAAGGGAAAUGACUACUUCAAGAAAGGAGAUUUUCCCAACGCCAUGAAGCACUACAACGAGGCAGUGAAGAGAGACCCGGAAAAUGCUGUUCUUUACUCUAACAGGGCCGCCUGUUAUACGAAACUGAUGGAUUUUCAACGAGCCCUUGAGGAUUGUGAUACUUGUAUCAGGAAGGACAAGAAAUUUGUUAAAGGAUACAUCCGGAAGGGUGCUUGCUUGAUGGCAAUGAAAGAGUUUUCCCGGGCACAAGACGCAUAUAAAGGAGCAUUGGCUGUUGAUCCAAGCAACGCCGAAGCCAUGCAAGGACUUCGUCAGGCUUAUUCAAGCUCGGAUGAGCCACCAGAGAAGGCACGCGAGAGGGCUCUUAAUGACCCAGAAGUGCAAGAAAUCCUCAGUGAUCCUGGAAUGCGUCUUAUCCUUGAACAAAUGAGUCAGGACCCUGGAGCCAUCCGCGCGCAUCUCUCCAAUCCUGAAAUCGCGAAGAAAAUACACAAGCUCAAGAAUGCCGGGAUCAUUCAAAUGCGC